GAGCUGGGGCGGGGCCUGCAUAGGGCCCUGAGAAGAGAGAGCGCCGCCACCGAGGGUUGCGCCAGGCUGCGGCGAAUAAUGGGAGCGCGAAUGUUUCCUUUUGACUCUUCACCUUAGACCCCGGUGUGAGAGACUCUUAAGGCCCCCAUAGGGUGAAGCCCAGGUUUAGGAGCCUGUGCAGCCUUUCCCGGACUUCUGUCACCAGCUCAGGCGCACCGAGGGCAGUCUCUGUGGGGUCCUCGUGGCCAGCCAAGAUGGCUGCCCCCGCGGUGAAGGCUGCGCGAGGGUGGUCGUGCUCGGCCUUGGGCGUGCGGAUUGCCGUCCUCCGGUUUCCAGGGCUAACCCAGGUGAGGUGGAGCCGCUAUGGUCCUGAAUACAAGGAUCCCCAGAUUGACAAGGAAUAUUACCGCAAGCCGUUGGCGGAGCAGACGGAGGAGGAGAAGUAUGAGCGGGAUUUCAAGAAGACGCAACUUAUCAAAGCCGCCCCCGCGACCAAAACAAGUUCUGUGUUUGAAGACCCGGUGAUCAGUAAAUUCACCAACAUGAUGAUGAAAGGAGGAAACAAAGUACUGGCCAGAUCCCUCAUGACACAGACACUGGAAGCUGUGAAGAGAAAGCAGUUUGCCAAGUACCACGCUGCCUCUGCUGAGGAACAAGCAACCAUCGAACGCAACCCUUAUACCAUCUUCCACCAGGCCCUGAAAAACUGUGAGCCUGUGAUCGGGCUGGUACCCAUCCUCAAGGGUGGCCAUUUCUACCAGGUCCCUGUGCCGCUAGCUGAUCGGCGUCGCCGCUUCCUGGCCAUGAAGUGGAUGAUCGCUGAGUGCAGGGAGAAGAAGCAUCGGCGGGUGCUGAUGCCGGAGAAGCUGUCGCAGGAGCUGCUGGAGGCUUUUCACAACCAGGGCCCUGUGAUCAAGAGGAAGCAUGACAUGCACAAGAUGGCCGAGGCCAACCGCGCGCUGGCCCACUACCGCUGGUGGUAGAGGGCGGCCGGGGGCUGGCGAGGCCUGGCGCUCUCUGCUGCAGGAACCAGUGGGAACCGAUGGGAGCCCCUGCCAUGCUGAGAAACACCUGGGGUUUAAGAGUCUAGUUCCCUUUAAAGGGCCGGCAGGCCUCAUGAGAACGAUGGAGCAGCGUGUUGAUUGCUGUGAGUCCUUUCUUUGGGGGCUAGAACUCGCUCUCCCUGCCCCAUCUCCUUGCAAAGAGGGGACAUAGCAACUUGGAUUUCCAAGACACAGGCUUGUCCAGCCUUCUCUUCUCUCAGCUUGGGGCAGACCUUUGGGCAAUACGAAAGGAAGCAGUUUUAGUAUCAGAAAAUGUUUAUUAGAAAAUUCUCAUCCUGAAGUGGUGUGGCUUGCGAUGUGGUAGUGCCCUUCAUUAAAACCAGCGGCAGGAA